GCAAAACAAGACAGUUCAACUCUCAAACUCACACGGUACGGAGAAAAGAGAUUGUUAUUCUGUGUGACCCUCCAAAGCUUUUGGCAACAAGCCACCAACUGUGUUUUCAGUCGCUAGCAAGUGAGAAGCUGAGGUUCAAGAAGCUGGUUGACGAACAAGAAGCAAGCAUAAAAGCUGCUGUCAAAGAAACCGCAGCUCGUGCAACAAAAGUUGGCAAAAUUUUGAUUGGGGACAAAGAUGCUGCACCAAAAGAGAAAGUUGAGGAAUUUGAAUCUCAAUGGGGUGUUAAAGAGUUGCAAUCUUGUUCACAGUCUCCAUCUUCGCGAUUUCUAAGGUCGAAAUCCAGAUCUCCUACUAGAUACAAGAAAGAAUGUAAGGAGCACAAGGACCAUUCAUCAAAAGAUACCACCAGUCAUGGGCAUCAUAGACGUUCCAGUGACCAUGACUGUUGGGAUGAUCACAAGCACCAUUACAAGUCUAGUCACAGACGUAAUAGAUACUUUUCUGGUGGCAAAAUUGAUUCAAACUACCACCAGAAUAAAGGCAGGCACACAACAAGGAGAAGAUCUCGAUCUAGAUCACCUACUUGGAGACAUCGUCCUGUUGACUCUAGUUCCCCAGGUUCUGGGUAUUUUAGAUCCGAGUUGCAUGAUUCUAGAUGCUACAAACCUUCAAGAGUUACAGGUAGUCACAGCAUGUCAAGAAGUCCUAUUAAUGAUUAUAGCAUUAGGAAUAGAACUCAGCAAAGCAAGGACAUCAACAUGAGUAUACCUAAAGUUUCAAGAAGGUCGCCCUCUAUAGAGAACUUUUUGAGUAACAGAAGUGCAGGUCUUCGGGUGGAUGACAGUGGUUACUAUGUGAAUCAAAAUGUUAAUGCAAGUAAGCAGCUGGAGAGAAAGGGAACCCCUAGGAGAGAGCUUUUACUUAAUUCUAAAUCUUCAUCAAGAUCAAUAUGUUCUCUUGAUUAUUUUGGUGAAAGAACCACUGAAGCAACAAAUGUUAGAAAAGAUCUCUGGUCUGCACCUGGUGGUGGAAAGCAUCCAACUUACGUGAAUACUGAUGGUAGAUUAUCACCUGUAACCUCAGGUUGCAUCAAGAAUUUUAUGGAUUCACCAGUAUCUUCCCUUCCAAAGUUUACUGGCUCCAUGGACUAUUCAACGCAGACAGACCGCCUGUCACGUAUAGAGGAUGUUGGCAAUGGACAUGAUAGGAAAGUGAAGAGUGAACAUGAACUGUUGAAUGUGACUGUGAAGGAGGUUGAUGUAGAUGACAAUAACCUUCCUACUCAGCAAGAGGUCUUUAAUCAUGAGGUGGAUGUUAUGCAUGUAAGUGAUCCUGCUAAUUCCGCUUCCAUCUACUCUUUACUAGCAGAUCCAAGUCCAAACAAAUUUAAAUAUUCAAAAGAGAUUUGAAGCAUCAGAUGAGGUCAAAGAAGAGAGCAAAAACAUGAGAAACAUCACCACAGUAGGCAUCUAGAAGCACCUGAAGAUGUUGAUAAAGAAGAAAACUGGAAGGGGCCGAAAUACUGUAAGGCAUAAGAUGAAGGAACAAGAAGUUUGACAUGACAAAUACAAGGAAGAAACACUCUUGCUUAACUUUUGGUUGAUAUCCCUUCCUCUUAAUCCUCUAUUAGUUUGUUUGAUGAUGAGCUUCUGUGAAUAGAUCAAGUGGUUCCACUUUCCAGGAAGAAGAGAAGACUCUAGCUAGCUAGCUAGCUAUCUCUGUAGUACAGGCUAGUAGCAGAAACAUUUAUAGUUUUGCUGAUGACGUCUUUUUUUGUUUUGUUGAUCAGAUAUGCAUAUACCCCCUGUUCUAUUAAACAAUUGAUGCUAUUCAUCGGAGGAACAUAUUGUACUUGUCUUUAUCUCUCAAUACUUUUAUAGUCACACUCGUCUUUAUCUCUCAAUAAUCUUAACGUUUCCC